CGAUCCAAAUUGAUCAUCGAAGCAAUUGGCCAACUGCCACAGAAAAGUCCGAUUAGACUUUUCAUUAGAACUACUCAGCGGUUUGUUCCGACAUUGAGAAUGAUAACUGCUAUCUGUGUCUAGACUCUAUACCUUCAAAUCUCAAGCCGGUCCAUAUUUGAGAUAUGCACUGCGAUGAUCGGUUCCAGACAAUUGGUAGUUUUCUGUUUUCGUCAUACCGAAAAACCGACUAUCGUUGCACGCCAAUGCUUGGGGCGGAGGAUCGUGCUCCUUUGAAGGGAAGCUUGAUCAUUUUAUCCCACAUGUAUAUUUUCAGAGAUAAAAGAGAGCCAAGACCCCGAGCAUCCCAAAUGUUUCUUGCUGUUUCUCAGAUACUUUCACAUGCCAGCUCAUACCUCGUGUUACCGGAGAGAAUUUAGACCCUUUCUAUCAUUAUUGCCUAAUAAUCAUUUUGACAAAUCUAUAUAUAGACCCUUAUGAAUAUGGCUUCAAGCUUCACCGUGAACUGCCUCACACCAAGCGAGGUAGUCCAGACUGUUACCCUCGCAGGCACCAUUAAGGGCAACAUGCGCCUUGACAAGGUGUUCUUGAGUGGCGUUUCUGCGGGUUGUUUGUUGGCAUUUGCUUGCGCUACCGCUCUCAGCACCAAUACUGCUCCCUGGUGGCAGGAAAAUGCUCCUGGGCUAAUCCGUACGAUCGCCGCCUUGGUCUUUCCCUACGGUUUAUGUAUGAUAAUCUUGACCGGUGCCGAUUUAUGUACUGGAUCUUUUAUGUUCACCACCCUGGCAGCUCUUCAGCGUCGACUCCCGUGGUACAAGAUGUUGAUCCACUGGUUCGUCACAUUCUUCGGCAACUUGUGCGGGUCCCUCUUCAUGGUAACUAUCAUUAUCGGCUACGGCGAAGUCUUCAGUGCAGACCCUUACAAGAGCCAAGUAAUCACCUUUGCUACCAAGAAACAAGUCACUCCUGAAUGGCAGACUGUGUUUCUGCGCGGCAUUGGUUGUAACUGGCUCGUCUGUCUCGCCUGCUUCUUCGGUAUGCAGGGUCGAGAUCUCGCAAGCAAGAUUAUCGGUAUCUGGUGGCCAGUUUUUGCUUUCGUAUCCUUGGGUUUUGACCAUGUUGUUGCCAAUAUGACUUUUAUCCCCAUGGCUAUUUGGCUGGAUGCUCCCGGAAUCUCGGUUGGAUUGUACAUCUGGAAGGGUAUAAUCCCAGCUUUCAUUGGUAACGUCCUUGGUGGGGGAUUAUUCUGCGGACAGGUAUGUACUACUGGUAUAUGUAUGCUCUAGAGGAUGACUUCUCGCUCGCUAUGAAGACUAUUACGGGCAGGAAACGGGACAUCAACUCCGACAUUGAGGCUAAUGCUGCCGCUGCUGCUGGUGCUGGUAUCAAAGAACCUCCUCAUUCUGAUUAGAAUUCUCUUUACAAGCUUGAUCCUAAUUGACGUUAGCCUAUAUGCAGCUGGCUGUAACUAGGUACUCAAUACUUACAAUAUUAGGAUGGUACCUAGUGGGUGCUAUGUGAACGGCCGGCCUACCAAUGUAGGUACCUAAUUAUACUUAAUAAAUAAUCGCAUAGUCCUGAAAAUCAAUGAUAGCUAAACGAUAUUCUUUUCC